UGCGCUGUGGGUGACUACUACUGCCUGAAUCAGUCUUGUUUUAAUGGAAUUAACUUUUGUUGGAACAUCAUCUCGCAACAACACUUGCUAAACGGUGAGUGGCUAGUCCGCCACGCCCUCGUUGCCAUGGAUGCCUGUGCCCGUAUCCGAGGAGUUCCUCUCAGGACCAGAGCCUCCAUCAGGAAAGAGGCGGUGCGUGACGGUGGGACUCAGUGUAUGAAGAGCCUUCUGAGCAGCAGAAAGGAGCUGUGCAGCGUGGGACUGGAGCUGCAGACCAGAGACGCACCAUGCCUGACUGAGAUCCAUUUUGUGUGUUUGCCUGGCCACUCUGAAGGGGAGGAUCUAACUCUACAGGCCCUGUCGUCUCUCCCGGGGGACCUGGCGGAGCUGCUGAGGUCUCUCCACGUCACCAGCCUGAGGAAUGAAGAGGUGCUGCUACUGAAGGACAGCAGGAGAUCAGCCGACAGGAGGGACUCUGCUACACAGCAGCAGUGCUGGCUGAAGGCGGUGUGUGUUCUGAGACCCAGCCCCAGCCAGGCCAUUGUUGGUGUGUUGGUGGGCCUGCUGGGGCGUUACGCUGUCGGGGUCCGCUAUGCCCUGGAGCUCCAGGCCCUCCACAGGGGCACGGCUGAUAACACCAACCAGUCUGUGUCGUCCAUCGAAGACGACUUUGUCACCGCUCUGGAACACCUAGAGGAGGAGGAGGACAACGCCGAUGGCUCUUAUCGCCAUGGAAACAAGCGUGAUGUGGCCUCCCAGACUGUCCCCGCCCACAAGAGAGACAAGGACCUAUCCGGCUCCAGAAUCAUAAUCAGCUCUGCCCCCAGGAAGUCCUUAACCAAUUGCAGGUCUCCCCCAGAGGUGUCCAUUACCGUACAGCACUCCAGAGGGGCAGAGUCCCAGUGGACCCUCUGCAGCCCAAGAGCCCGGCUCCCCUCCCCCACACGCCCUGUCAGCGAGUCAGAGGAAUCGGACGGCUCAAGCCCUAGUCCAAUCAUCUUUCUAGAUGAGGUUGGCUACCAGAAGAGCCUCAAAGCGACACUGGACAUCCCUCGGAUCCCUGGGGGGCCAACGGACAGGGUGGAGGACUCUGACUCUGAGGUCAGCGAGUUCUUCGACAGCUUUGACCAGUUUGACGACCUAGACGAGCUGAGCUCAGAGAGCUGUACACUCACUCUGCCUCUAGACCCGACAUCCUCCGUUACCACCACCGGCACAGACCAGAAGAAGAAGUACUCUGAGGCUGGUACUGGCAAGUCAGGGUCCAAGAAAGUGUCCCGAAGCUGUUCCACCAUGAACCCCCACCGGUUUGACCAGCGCACCCUCCCUGCCAAUGUGAAGAAACCCACCCCACUCAAAAGCCCCCUUCCCCCUGGCUCUCCCUAUGGAUCCCCUGACUCCCCCCGGCCGGCCCCGAUCUCUUGUGAGGAGAGUGGAGGUCCUCUGUUCAGCCCUGUCAGCUCCUCAGCCUUCAGCCCUUUGGGAGACGGAGGAGCUCUGGAUUUCUUCUGGAAGACCGAGGGAGAGGUAGGAGACGAGUCAGAGCUACGGAAACCCCAGGACCUGUGUUCCCUCUACAAGACCUACUCAGACUUCGCCAGCAGUCUGUCCAAGGAGAUCUUGGGCUCCGUGUGUGGCUACCAGUCUCCCGUGGACAUCAACGACAACAAGAACCUGAGCUGUGUCUGCCACAAGGAGUUCCAGAACCAGUCUGGACACGUCAUGAAGCUGUCUGAGAUCCAGGAGAUGGUGACUCUCUCCAAACUGCAGCAGAAGCCCCAGUCUCUGAAAGACAGCAUCCAAAGGUUCGCUACAGACUUAGUAGAGAUGAGUCUGGGCAGCGCCCUGAGAGACCUGCAGAAGGGAAUGUCCUCCUGCACCACCACGCUCUGCCACCUGGCCGCCAGAAUCACCUCUUCGGUCUUCCAGAUGGCCUUCCAGGAGAUCGGCAUGCGCCACGCCUACGUCCUGAAGGAACGGGCCAUCAACGGGCUGGCUGGGUUCCUGGUGGGCGAGGCAGUGUCAGGUGCUCUGAAAGACUUCCUGAUGGUGAAGAAGCAGAUGUUCAACAGCACGGUGACGCAGUUCGCCGCCGACCUGGCAGAGGAGCUGGUGUUUGAGGGGAUGAUGGAAGUGUGUCAGUUCUCCCACCCCUCCACCCCCCUCACCCCCAGCGAUUGGUCCUUCGGGGUGGGGGAGGAGGACGAUGCGGAGGUGGUGUCCUCCUAUGCCUCGGACCUCUCAGAGUCUGUCCUCCAGGAGGCCUUCAUAGAACUGUCCCAGGCUGAUGUUGCCUUCACUACCCAGGCAGCCAUUAGUGUCUCUCUGGACAACAUCUGCUACGUCAGCGCUGUCGACACACACACCACCUGCAGUACCCCCGCAGGCCACCAGGCUUUCCACGUUAACCCAGCCGAGGAAGGCCCAGGUCUAUCAGGGGAGUAUGGCUGUACGGUGAAGAAGGCGCUGUUCUGUGUGUCUGGGAUAGCCAGCUGUGUACCGGUCCACCUGGCAGGCCAGGCCAUCUCCCACCUCCACGACUCAGAGGAGAUCUGCCAGUGUAAGACCAGCCUGGCCCAGACCAGCCCCAAGAGGAGCUGCAGCUCAGAGAACAGAGUGGUGACCACAGCCUCUUCUGACGCUACUGCUGCCACACAGACUGACCUGCUGCCAAAGACCCCCUUUCACAACUUCUCUGGCAACAUGGUGGAUAUGAUAGUGAGUGAAGCAUGUGAACUGAUGACUGCCUCGAAGAUGAAGAAGAAGGUGGAGGACUGUGCCGACUUCCUUUCUAAGACCAUAGUGUCUCGGGGACCUCCAGCCGGACAGGAGGGUAGUGUCACUGACCAGACCUCCCUCUCCUCUCUCCACCCUCCCUCUCAGACCCCAGGAGGAGUGACCUUUGAGUCAGGCUCCAAGACCAGCAGAGCAGUCGCUGAGACCCGGCCUGUGAUGAUGAAGGACACUCUAGAGGUGCCAGGAUUGGAGAUGGGAGGCAGGAAGAUGGCCACUGGCGAGGAGAUGGUUCCCAGCCCUGGUCACAAGUCCAACGGGACCCCUGGUACUCCCCCCUCCACCCCCCAGCAGCCCAGUGAGGUGUCCCAGGAGAAACAGAUCAAGCAAUUCUCCAAGAAGCUGAAAGGGAAGUUGGCCAAGGAGUUCUCUCCUGCCACCCCUCCUCCCACCCCCCACUACCAGCCAGGGCCCGAGCCCAAAGAAUCCCCCUCUGAGACAGACAAGGCUGACUUCAUGCUCAAACUGAUGAGGUCUCUGUCUGAGGAGGCAGACGGGAAUGAGGAGGAAGAAGAGGAGGGUGGAGUAGAAGGGGUUAACUCUGGAACUGAGACAGGAAACCGUAUGCAGCCAGAGCUCAACCUCUCAGUUGGAGGACACAAGAUUGCCGACAAGGGAGCCCUCCAUUACGCUGAGCGCCUGGCGUGCCACAUCGUCUCCAUGGCAACAGAGAUAGACACCCUGGGAGGAGUGGAGGAUGAAGGUAGAAGGACGGUGGAGGGGAGGGAGGAGAGGAGAGACAGCGUUGCCCAGUUCUCAGCGCAUACCCUGAACACGCUGUGGAUAUACGCUGGUGAGGUGGCGGGAGAGGUGAUCAGCGAUGUAAAGAGGAUAAUGUGGUCAGGACAGUGUCGCCACAGUGCGCUCCAACAAGGCAGCCAGGAGCAGUCAGGGGAAUGCCCUCACCACCACCAACCCCAGCCCAGUGAACACAGCAGGGACUGCAGGGUGGGUCGUUUGGCUGAACAGUGGUCCGGUGACGACCUCUCCUCUGUCCUCCACCCAUCCACCUCUACCCCCAGCUCUGGCCUGUCCUCUGACUACCCCAGCUGUGAGAGUGUGACAGAUGAGUACGCUGGCUACCUCAUCAGGGUGCUAAAGAAAGAGGGAGGCAGCAGGGAGCUGGUCCUGGAUCAGUAUGCCAGCCGUCUGGCCUACCGCUCCAUCAAACUGGGCCUGGCCCAUGCUGCCCGUAACAUGAAGAAGAGACCCUCCUCCUCCAGGCACCACUCCUCCAGGAGGCUCCACCAGGAUGGCUGCAGGGGAUCCAACGCCGAGCCAUCCGUACCCAGGGACGAAGCAGGAAGAGUGGGAUCUCCUUCCAGAGACUUUGACGAUGGGAGCCAGAGGGAGUACAUGGAGCUGGUGAACUUCGCAGAGUCGUUGGCAUACAACAUCACCUGUGACGUCACACGCAAACUCUGUGUGCCGUCGGUCCGGCUACCCAAGUCCCGGACUGACUCGUGUCUGUAUAAGAAGUCCAAGCUGGAGUACAUGGCAGAGAAUAUGAUCAUGAACUCCUUCUCAUGCCCCCUGCUGGCCAAGGAGGGGAUGAGCAGGCACUACCACAGCACAGGCAGCCUGUAUGACGGCGGCUACAGCAGUGGAGUCAUGGAGGUCCUGGAGCACUAUGCCAGGAACAUAGUGGACGACACGUUGGAGAUGGUCCUGGCCUCGGCCGGACACCCAGCCCAGCAGGGUCCAGACAGACACUCCCACUCUGAGAGGCUGUCUGAGGGGCAGGCGGUGGGCUCUGCACUGGGGGAGACAACCUGCCGAUAUUGCCAGGUCAGGGAGUGUCCGUUCUGCUCACGGCCCAGCAGGCAGCACCUCCUCGGGGAAGGAGCAGGCCAGAGGAGGAGGCUGGAAGGGGAGGUGGGGGUGUGCGGCCUGGAGAUCCCUGAGAUCCACAUCAAUCUUAACCGCAGGGCCGUGUUUGCAGAGGAGAUGGUCACUACGGCGAUGGAGGGGGCCAAGCGCGAGCUGAGCAACACCAGCCUGAACGCCGACAGCGGGAUUGGACACGACGGGCACAGCUUUGCAGAGAGCCUGACUGCCGAGAUCAUGACGUCAGCGCUAUCCAACACAUGCCAGACCACCAACAUAAGUUUCCUAGGCAGGGAGGCCACAGAGUCCACGGUGUCCCAGCAGCUCGGUCUGAGUGUGGGAGACGACAGCCUGGGCAGCUGGUCCCGCCUCAGCUUCGAGGACGAACACCCCGACGAGACCAGCAGCUUCCUGCACCUCAGCGACAGCAAUGGGAACAGCAGUAGUUGGAGCAGCCUGGGGUUAGAGGGAGAGGUGUAUGAAGAGCACCUGUCCUUCACUCCCUCAGACAGCGAAGGCACUGAGGACAAGGAGCUUGAGACCAAGGAUGAAUCCUGCGGUGCAGUGCGUGUCGGCCAGGCUCAGGCUUACAGGCUCCUCCUGGUGGUCAACUCUGAGCUCAGGGAGAUUACCCCUGACCCACAGCACAUGACCUUUGACCCCCAGCUCAGGAGCAUGCUGCAGUGGGCAGCGGCCUCCAUGGCUGACCUGCCCAUGGUUCAGCUGGGUCCUAGUGGCAGCAGGGAGCUGCAGCAGCUGCCUGCGGUGGUCCAGAGGCUGAAGGAGAGGGAGUGGAAGGUGGGAGAGCUGCUCCAAGCCCUGCUGCGUUACUGUGAGGAGACCCAAACCCACACCCCACCCCAGUCUGAACCCAGAGAGGCGGAGAGAGCACCCCACCACACUCCCCUCUUCCGGUGGCUCCUAGAGCACGCUUAGGCUGACUGCACCUCUCCCCUCCCUCCUUACCUCUCCCCCACGCUGCUUUCUGUACAGUAUAUCUGUGAAGCCUGCUACAUAGUGAGCACUACUUGUUAAACUAAACCCUAUGAAGAUUCCCAUCACUUCCCAGUGAUGUGCAGCGUACCUGCCAAACCCCGAACUCCAAAUCUAGCCUCUUCGUACCGUGGAUGCUGUCUCUUAUAGGGCUGUACCCCCAUCGUUACCCAGAGGGCGCUAUAAAAACAGCUAUUCUUAUUAUUGUGUGUGUGUGUGGGCAUAUUGCAUGUCGUGACUGAAAGCAAUUGUGUAUUUUCUUCUCUCUUCUCUGGUUUUGUUGUGGUUGUUUUUAAAAGGGAUAGUUAAAGGGAUUUUCUAUUUCCUCAGAAUCAGAUGAACUCAUGGAUACCAUUUUUAUGUCUCUGCAUCCAGUAUAAAGGAAGUUAAAGGUAGUUUUGUGAG